AUGAGCAAAACAAAUCCGUUAGCAAUUCGAUUAGCACCUGGAACAAUUAUCGAGGGACGCUUUUUGUUCGAAACAUUAUCAGUGGGUCGUUACAGUACCGUAUUUAAAGUUGAAGAUAAACUUGAUAGUCGUCAGAAAUAUUGCAUAAAGAUAGAAUACGAUCGAGGACCGAAAAUUAAUUAUCUGCAUCAAGAAAUCGCUGUGUUGCAUAAAUUAGAAACACGUGGAUAUAUGGCUAGACUGUAUUAUUGUGAACGUUGUAAACCGAUAGAAUACGAUCGAGGACCGAAAAUUAAUUAUCUGCAUCAAGAAAUCGCUGUGUUGCAUAAAUUAGAAACACGUGGAUAUAUGGCUAGACUGUAUUAUUGUGAACGUUGUAAACCGUUUUCAUUCAUGUUAACAACACUAUUCGGUAAAAGUAUUUGGAUGUUACGGCAGAAUUUACCGAAUAAAUUGGUGUCACCGGGAUGUGCAGCUCGCAUCGCCGUACACACAUUGUAUCAAAUUAAGCAAAUACAUGAAGUUGGCUAUAUUUUACGAGAUUUAAAAAUUGGAGAUAUGUUAAUUGGAUUAAACGGUAAAGCAGCAAAAAUGAUAUUUUUGGUUGAUUUUGGAAUGUGUCGAACAUAUAUUCGAAAGAAUGUAAAUGGAUCAGUAGUAAUUCGACCACAACGAGAAAAAGUAUUCGUUCGUGGCAUUCUAAGCUCACCACGUGUUCACAAACGACAAGAUGUUUGUCGAGCGGAUGAUCUCUGGUCGCUUGUUUAUAUUCUCAUCGAUUUAACUGCUGGACUUCCGUGGCGUGAAAUUAAGAUAGAAAAACCAGUAGCAGAGCAAAAGGAAACGAUUAGCGAUGCGAAACUGUUUAAAGAUUGUCCGGAAGAAUGGAUUAAAAUAAUGGAACACGUUCGAUUUUUACGUUAUGAAUCACGUCCGAACUAUAAGUUAAUAUAUGAUCACUUACAAGAAACACUGGUUCGAUUUCAGGUCUCCUAUUCAGAUCCAUGGGACUGGGAUCUUGUGGGUAAUAAUGUAAUUAUUGAAAGGGAUUCAAAGGAAAGAACUUCAUCAUCGCAUUCUAAAUCGGAACAAAUCGGCGAAUCCAGAUCCGAACGAAUUUCGUUGCAAAGUGAUUCAGAUAAUGAAUGGAGUUCAAAGACAGAUCGAAAUGAAAAUUCCAUGGACAUACCAAAGCUACGAAACAGAGCGGGAACUCGACCGAGACGAAAAAACCCAUUUAAUGAAAUUAUUAGCGCACUUCAAAGCUCUAUUUCCUUAGUCCCAGUUAAAUCAACCAAUCAGCAGUCUCCAACUCUACUGCUUAGCAAGCAGAAACGUUUAUUAGCAACAGAAUAUGACCCAUCAUUUCCGACUACAAAUCCCGAAGAAUUUGAAAAAAACGACAUUGGAAUUUGAUAAUUUGAAAAUG